UCAUCCGGACCCUUCGGCCACCCGCGGACGGCCGAAUAUUACGUGUCGACCAUCACAGCGUGAGUCUCAAUGACCUUUGCGGUGAUCCCAGUACUAGAGAAGAACGCCAUGUACAGUCACAAUAGUCCCGUUUUCAAUGAGAACGAGCCCACCAGGGCGUGCGAUCAGUGCCGGACAAGAAAGAUUCGAUGCGAUAGGAAACAUCCUUGCGCCACCUGCCAGGUUGCAAGACGAUCUUGUUCAUACUCUACAGCGGCCCCAAAGCCUAAAGAGGCGCGUCAAAGGGUACUCAUAUCAUCUCAGUACGAGAGUAAAUUAGACGCCUUCGAGCGUCGGCUUACUGGCAUCGAGUGUCUUCUCCAGAAGCUCGUCGAUGGACAGAAUGGGCAUGCGUCGACGCCUCCUUCUACCAACAACCCCGGCUAUGUUGACUCGCCCUCUCUGGAACGUAGAUCUUCACCCAUGCUAAACAAGGAGAAAACCGAGUCAAUAUAUGAAGGCGAUACAUCUCUAGGCGUGCACGCUGAUCUAGCCAAGAGAUUUUUCCGGGACACCAUCCAAAAUCUGACCAUCUCUUAUGACCUGAGUCCGCAGAUGAACCUGGGACUGUCAAGGUUGGAAGAAAUCGUGGCAACUCAGAGCCGGUCUCUGACGAAUUCCGGCGAGCACUUCCCCGUCCAAGACCUUCCUGUCGAUUGUGAGCCUCGCAACCUGCCAAUGCCGCCUACCCAUGAUAUAUUGCGCAUUCUGAGGCAGGCUAAAGCGGAUCCCGCGCAGGUCACCUUUAAUUUUCUAUGCUCGUUCCUCACGAUUGACGAUUUUAUCGGGUACUGCAACAGAAUCUGCUUUGCACUCAAUGAUCCUACACUCGCAGACUACAUUAUAGUCAAUGGUGGGCUAUACUACUUGUUUGAUGAAAAGUUUCGGCAGCGGAACGAUAUUUCCAGUGAGGAAAAGUUCCUGAACUAUCGGACAAUGUGUAAAGCCAACUUUGAGCUGUCCCUUCGUCGGUUGAGCAUUUUCAUCCCAUCGAAUAGAGAUAAUAUCACGGCUCUUCUUUUCGGGGUACUUUAUGCGGUGGAGGUCUCUAGACCAUUAUUGGCGUGGAAACUAAACUACACCGCCAUUCAAAUGUGUCAAACACUGGGCUACCAUCGCCUUCCCAUGGCGCUAAGCAAUCAGCAGGCUGACCUCCAUGUUCCUCCUGAGUCGACUCUCUUUUGGUACUCAUAUGUGCUUGACAAAGGACUUGCCUUGAAGCUGGGCAGGCAGUCUGCCGUUCAGGACUAUGAUAUUAUUGUCCCUACGAGGAACAACCUCUCUUCUGCUUCUGAUCCAUUGCAACAGCUUUCUUUCAUAGGGAUCCGAGGUGCGCAAGUACAAGGAAAGAUACUCGAAACCCUAUAUAGCCACGCUGCUGUUUCAACAAUGAAUGAUCAAAGGCAGCAACAAGGUCUAUCACUGGCUCAAGAGAUCCUGUCCCUUACCCAAACCAUUGAGAAUCUUCUCGGGGGUUGUGCCAUAAUGCAUCAAGCAGACGACCCGCGACCAAAGCUUGAAGACUGGUUAGCGGUAAGCUUACAGGCAGAGCUUGUUUCGCUCCAUGCCACGUUAUGUCUAGUAUAUCGUGGUACCCCAGCACUCUCGGGAGCAUACAAUAUGCUUAGCCCUGACUGUCUAGACUCGGCAAGGAAUGCUGUCCGAGCACACUUGACGUGCAUGCGCCUUCUUGGCUCGAGUCUGUCCGCUCAGGCUUGUUACGUCCUCUGGACACUUCUUUUGACGCCAUUCAUACCAUUCAUUGUUCUCUUCUGCAACAGCAUUAGUAUCGAAUGUGCCAACGACCAUGACCUGGACCUGCUACGGGAAUUCGUCGAAUCACUGGAGCUGGUUCAAGGGACAUCGGAAGCUAUCGAACAGGUUUAUAGUUUGGCCCAGGCUCUGUAUGAGAUUGCGACCUUAUACAAGGAGCAAAAUAGGCACGAUGCGGAAGCGCAGCUCGUACUGCUGGGGUCAGAGUUCGAUCGAUUUCUCAGCGAGUCUGGGUUUAUGCCGUCCUUCUUCCAAUCGUCGACAGUAUCCAGUGGGGCUGGGAUUCUAUAGGGAGCUUUGACAUCAACCGGUAGAGUUCAAGAUAUGCGUGCUCACUCAGAGGGGGCUGCUUCCUUUUCGAUUGACACCGAGCUUCAUCGACUUUCAGUCUUCCUCGUUUCACGUUCUCAACGAUACCAUUAACACGUUUUGUCCGUUUAUGGCUGAACGAUAUACCUCGCGUACGUCGCAUAGCUAGGCCUUUCAUUCCUUGGUGAGUCUGUCAGCUGCAAUCGGGACUCGUGUGUUGCCUUCAAAAGGAAAGGCUUCAACCGCGUGCUAUUCCAGCGCGCGGGCUGGCCUACUUUGAUAGGCAGACGUGCGAAAGUCAACUGAAGACGGAUCGAAUGGUUUA